AUGCCUGUUAUUGAAAUCGACGAUCAAGAACAAUUUACCUACUUGACCACCACUGCAGCGGGCGACAAAUUAAUCGUCCUUUAUUUCCAUACUAGUUGGGCAGAGCCAUGCAAAGCAUUGAAACAGGUCUUCGAAGCCAUUAGUAAUGAACCCUCUAAUGCCAGUGUCUCUUUUUUAUCUAUUGAUGCCGACGAAAACUCUGAAAUUUCAGAACUGUUCGAAAUCUCGGCUGUUCCAUAUUUUAUUCUAAUUCACAAAGGAACAAUUUUAAAAGAGUUGUCUGGCGCAGAUCCAAAGGAAUUUGUGUCUUUGCUGGAAAACUACAAGAAGUCAAUAAAUCCCGAAUCGACGCCAACUAGUACAGUUGAAAAUGUAGGCGCAAAUGAAGGAAGUCACAAUGACGAAGAUAUUGACGAUGAUGACGAGGAAGAAGAAACUGAGGAGCAAGUAAACGCCAGAUUGACCAAAUUGGUUAAUGCUGCACCAGUUAUGCUAUUUAUGAAAGGGAGCCCCUCUGAACCUAAAUGUGGGUUUUCGAGACAGUUAGUGGGCAUUUUGAGAGAGCAUCAAGUAAGAUUUGGCUUUUUCGAUAUAUUGAGGGACGAUUCUGUUAGACAACACUUGAAAAAGUUCUCCGAAUGGCCAACUUUUCCUCAGCUAUAUAUUAAUGGGGAGUUUCAAGGUGGUUUAGAUAUAAUUAAAGAGUCCUUGGAGGAAGACCCUGAUUUCUUACAACACGCUCUUCAAUCUUAA